UUGAGUCACUCGAGUAGCUUUUUCUCUCUAGAGUAGCUUCACACCUCUGUGAAGAGCUAACUUCUCUCUUUCUUUCUGUAGAAGUAGAAGUAGGCCUCUCUUACUCUGGAUUUCUUUACCCUUCUUAUUUGGAGAUUCUAUUCCAACUAUAAAUACUGGAGAUACCUAGAUUCAGUCUUCAUUUUGUCAGCAGUCUCAGCCUGCAGUUGUUUCUCUAUUUAUGAUCAUCCAGUGUGAGCAAGAGCAGUUGAAUAUAUAGAUAUAUAGAGAUGUUGGAGAGAGCGAAGAUGGCGGAGGCAUUCCCAUUUACAGUGAUGGUGAUUAUGGAGGGGUGCACUAUAGGGUUGACCAUUUUGGCGAAAUCUGCCAUUACUGCAGGGAUGAACCCUUUUGUUUUUGUGGUCUACACAAAUGCUCUCGGCUCUAUCAGUCUUCUUCCUUAUUCUUUUUUAUUUCAUAGGGAGAGAAUAGAACAAUCAAUCUUCAGCUUUCCUCUUCUGUUGCGGAUCUUCUUCUUGGGUUUAACAGGGAUAGCAAUUGCUCAGAACCUUGCAUUCCUGGGACUAUCGUAUAGUUCGCCAAUUGUUGUGUGUGAAAUGGGCCUCAUGAUCCCUACUAUUUCCUUUCUGCUUCAAUUCAUUAUGAGGAAAACAAAACUAGAUUUGGGAAGCACAAAUAUUCGAGUAAAAGUGAUUGGCAGCUUGAUAUCCAUCAUGGGGGCAAUAGUGGUGGAAAUAUACAAAGGACCAUACAUUAGAAAAGCUUCUUCCCAACAACUUCAAACACGAAAACCAUCCCUCUUUGUUUUCUACUCAACACCAGACCGUUGGCUUAUUGGUGGCAUCUUGCUUUUAGCUUCUUCUUUAUCUAUUUGUAUAUGGAAUAUUAUUCAGCUUGGAACCAUCAGACAGUAUCCCCAAGUGAUGAAAGUAGUCUCCUUUUAUAGCUUAGCUGGAACUAUCCAAUGCGCAAUAUUCUCCCUGAUUGUGGAAAGAGACCUUGAUGCCUGGAAAUUAAAGCUAAACCUUGAUCUCCUUCUCAUUAUUGCAACAGCAAUCUUUACGAGUAUAAUCCGUAGCAGUGUCCACAUCUCGUGUACACAGAUGAAGGGCCCUUUGUAUGUGCCCAUGUUCAAACCCUUUGGUAUUGUGUUUGCAACUGCUUUCGGUGUUGGUUUCUUUACAAAUUCUCUUCGCUAUGGAAGUGUGAUAGGAGCAGUUAUAACCGGAAUGGGGUAUUAUACUAUAAUGUGGGAACAUGUUAGAGAAGGUGAUGAAUUACAUAAACGCCAUAAUAUCGAUAGACUUGAUUCUUCAGACGAAAAAGUUCCUCUCUUGGAAGAAGAAUCAGAAGUAUAAGAUCUCUAUGCCAAUUUCUUAAUGGCUGGAGCCUCGAGGUAGUUCAUCAAGCUUUGUGAAGAUACCGACAAAACAAAUAUGUAUUCUGUUUGAUAAAAACAGAGAGGAAACUGGUGUGCGCUGUAGAUAUUUGUAAAUUGGGAAAACUGGGCUUGUUGCAGAUUUUUGUAUGUACAUGUUUAUAAGGCUGUGAUGGGUGAGACCGUGAGAGAAAUGAAUGAGAAGGACUUUGUAAUUAUUUUUCUUUCUGCAAGGUCCUUCCAUUUAUAGAGUUUCUCUGUGUUUUUACGUUUCUGUUCAAUUUUUUUGUUUUCUUUUAUCUGCUAAUUGCUAUUAUCAAUUGU